AUGCGGUUGGGGAAUGCUUAUGCGUAUUGCAAACCGUCGCAGAAUGUUGGGCUGAAGUUGGACUUGUUACGGGGGCUUCCAGGGUAUGUCGGCCAUGCUACCAGCAGGAUCAAUCGGUUGGAGAACCAGGACAAUUACUCGGUUAAGAUGAUGCGAUCAUGGCCUAAUGCCUAUGGAAGUGCUCUGAACUGUUCUGUGUUUGACGGUCAUGGGAAGAAAGGCGCGCAGCUGUCACAGUUACUUGCGAACAAGCUGUGUAGUAGUCUGGAUUGCCGUGAGCCCUCGUGGGGCAAGCAGGAUUUGAUGAGGCUGGUACAGGAGUAUGCAAGAAGGUUUCCCGAGGGAAAUUACUGGAAGCACAAGCUGGCCACGUUUGACAGAUUUUAUGACAAGUUUAUAAAAAACUGCAACUCGAAACAGGAACUGCUGCUGAUGAAGGAAGGUGACACUACCAUCCUAGGACAAAAUGGCGGCAGGAUGAUCUUCGAUAAGAUGGGAAAUAUAAUCGAUAAGAUUGCAUUGCUUACUGAGCUAGACAGGCUGCGAUUGUUCUAUGGGUUCGCCAAGUUCGAUCUCGACCAAUGCUGCGAUUUGGGCACAGCAGCUGGUUCCACAGCAUCAUCCAUAUUUUUAUAUCCCUAUGACGAUCCGAGUAUGCCAACGGAUGGGGGAAAAGAUGACGAUUCGUGGAUUAUAUCGCAUUCUGGACUGCUGAAGCUCAUUGUCACCCAGGUGGGCGACUCCAAGAUCAUCCUGUGCGAUCAAGACGGAAUUGCACACGCACUAACGACUACCCAUCACACCAACUCCAGUAGAGAACGACGCCGGCUAAGCCUGGACCCUUCUCGUUUGGACCCAGACGCCUUUGGAGAAACAAGAUUCUUGAAUAACUUCGCCAACACCAGAUCGUUUGGUGAUGUAGCUGGAAAACCUUAUGGUAUAUCUAGCGAACCAGACAUUUUCUCGUUUCUGAUCGGGAAUACUCUACACUUGCCACGAUCCGAGCGUUCAAAACUACCCUUCAAUGGUGAUGAGUGCUUCCUGGCACUCGUCACCGAUGGCAUUACCAAUAUGCUUACAGACCAAGAAGUCGUUGAUCUCAUAACCUCCACGGUGAAUUCAUGGGGACUAAGAAAAGCUACACCUCAGUUCGUUGCAGAGGAAACAAUACAAUUUAUUCAGGCCAUCGCCUCAAAACACUCAGACAACGCCACUUGUUUGGUAAUUAGGCUGUCCAACUGGGGCAACUGGCCUAAUGUCGACAGAACUGGUCUACAGAGGGAAACCAAAUUAAUGAAUGCCCAAUCUAACGAAACGAAACUGAACUAG